AUGCCACAACUUCAAGUUCAACAAAUGCCACAAACUCAAGUUCAACAAAAACAGCAAAUUCAAGUUCAACAAACCCCACAAAUUCAAGUUCAACAAAAGCCACAACUUCAAGCUCAACAAACACCACAAACUCAAGUUCAGCAAUUCCCACAAACUCAAGUUCAACAAACGCCACAAACUCAAGUUCAACAAACACAGCAAAUUCAAGUUCAACAAAUGCCACAACUUAGAGUUUAA